CUCUGGCUUUUGUCUGUACUGAAUGUGGCCGGAAAGGCAAAACAGAAGGAGAUUCUGCUGUGGGGUUUCUCAUCUCCAUGGUGGUAGGUGCUGGCAGCCUCAGAAGGGGAACUGGAAGAGCGCAGAGAAGAGAUCAUGAGGUGUAUCUGCGCAGUCGUGUUGAAGAUGAAAAGGCCCCAGGGUUGGGAUCUGUAACUAAGGCUUUAACAGAAAAUCUUUGAACACGUAAAAGUUAGAAUAUACCUAGAACUUUUAACUGACUCCUUUGGAUGCCCUAAAGACCAAAAAAAAGAAUGAGCUAUUACGGAAGUAGCUACCGGAUUGUCAACGUGGACUCCAAAUAUCCAGGCUAUCCUCCAGAGCACGCCAUAGCAGAGAAGAGAAGAGCGAGGAGGCGCCUGCUCCACAAAGAUGGCAGCUGUAACGUGUACUUUAAACACAUUUUUGGAGAAUGGGGGAGCUACAUGGUUGAUAUAUUCACCACUCUUGUGGACACCAAGUGGCGCCAUAUGUUUGUAAUAUUUUCUUUGUCUUACAUUCUCUCCUGGUUGAUAUUCGGCUCCAUAUUUUGGCUCAUAGCCCUUCAUCACGGAGACCUAUUAAGCGAUCCAGACAUCACCCCGUGCGUGGACAACGUGCAUUCCUUUACGGCGGCGUUUUUAUUCUCCCUUGAGACCCAAACCACCAUCGGGUACGGUUACCGUUGUGUCACGGAAGAAUGCUCUGUGGCGGUGCUGACGGUCAUCCUUCAGUCCAUCCUGAGCUGCAUCAUAAACACCUUCAUCAUUGGGGCAGCCUUGGCAAAGAUGGCGACCGCCCGGAAGCGAGCCCAGACCAUCCGCUUCAGCUAUUUCGCACUCAUCGGCAUGAGAGACGGGAAGCUUUGCCUCAUGUGGCGCAUAGGUGACUUCCGACCGAACCACGUGGUGGAGGGCACGGUGAGAGCCCAACUUCUGCGCUAUUCAGAAGACAGCGAAGGGCGGAUGACGAUGGCGUUUAAAGACCUCAAACUCGUCAAUGACCAGAUAAUCCUGGUAACGCCAGUGACCAUUGUCCAUGAAAUUGACCACGAGAGUCCUCUGUAUGCCCUUGACCGCAAGGCAGUGGCCAAAGAUAAUUUCGAGAUUCUGGUGACAUUUAUUUAUACUGGUGACUCUACUGGGACAUCCCACCAGUCCAGAAGUUCCUACGUCCCCAGAGAAAUUCUCUGGGGACACAGGUUUCACGAUGUAUUAGAAGUGAAGAGAAAGUACUACAAGGUAAACUGCUUGCAGUUUGAGGGAAGCGUGGAAGUCUACGCCCCCUUUUGCAGUGCCAAACAACUGGACUGGAAGGACCAACAGCUCAACAACUUGGAGAAAACGUCCCCUGCCCGAGGAUCCUGCACCUCGGACACCAACACCAGGAGGAGGUCCUUCAGCGCAGUUGCCAUGGUGAGCAGCUGUGAGAACCCAGAGGAGACCAGCCUGUCCCCACAAGAUGAGUGUAAGGAGGUCCCCUAUCAGAAAGCCCUCCUGACUUUAAACAGGAUCUCCAUGGAAUCCCAGAUGUAGCCCUCCUCUCUGACCCUUACCUGAAGGCCCGGAGCUGCAAGCACGAUUUUUUUUUUAACAAAAUGUUAGUUCUGUGAUUUGCAGCGGGAACAGAAAGCAGAGCCAGCUAAACUUGGCAUAGAAUCAUUUGAAAGUUCCACAGUUUUCUAAUAUGAAAAUUCGGCUUCCGUAGCAGAGUUUGUAUUAGGGAAGCGAUUAGGAAGCCUAAUUGAUUACAAUUAAUCUCAUUACUGCGCAUGCUUGUGUCUCCUCUUGAAGGUGAGAUAAUUAGGAGUAUGUGUGGGGGAGGGGGGAGAAGAGGCUGAUAGACUAGAUAAAAAUAGAGAAACCGGUAAGCUAGAUAUUUGCAUAUAAAUUAAUUAAUUAUGGAAUGAGAACUUAAAACAAUAUCUUUAUCUCCUAAGCACAACAGAUGAGAUAAACGCCUCAGCUUAGGAGCGUUGAGAUAAGUAAAUAAAAUCCAGUCUGGUUUGAGUUAC